AUGCCAGGGAGCCUCUCCACGGCCCUGCGUGUCGUGGGGACCAGCCUCUUCGCCGUGGCGGUGCUGGGGGGAAUCCUGGCCGCCUACGUCACAGGGUACCAGUUCAUCCACACGGAGAAGCACUACCUCUCCUUCGGCCUCUACGGGGCCAUCCUGGGGCUGCACCUCUUCAUCCAGAGCCUCUUCGCCUUCCUGGAGCACCGGCGCAUGCGGGGCGAGGGGCAGCCGCUGCGGCCGGGGCGCUCCGUGGCCCUGUGCAUCGCCGCCUUCCAGGAGGACCCCGACUACCUGACCAAGUGCCUACGCUCCGUCAAGCGCAUCGCCUUCCCCGACCUCAAAGUGGUGAUGGUGGUGGACGGCAACGGCCCCGACGACACCUACAUGCGGGACAUCUUCCACGACGUGAUGGGCUCCGAGCGCUGCGGCAGCUACAUCUGGAGGAGCAACUUCCACGCCUGGGGCGAGGGGGAGACGGAGGCCGGGCUGCGGGAAGGGCUGGCUCGAGUUCAGGCGCUGGUCCGCAGCAACACCUACUCCUGCAUCCUGCAGAAGUGGGGCGGGAAGCGGGAGGUGAUGUACACGGCCUUCCGGGCGCUCGGAGACUCCGUGGACUAUAUCCAGGUGUGUGACUCAGACACCGUGCUGGACCCCGCCUGCACCGCCGAGAUGCUCCGCAUCCUGGAGGCCGACCCCCACGUCGGCGGCGUCGGCGGCGAUGUCCAGAUCCUGAACAAGUACGACUCGUGGCUGUCCUUCCUGAGCAGCGUGCGGUACUGGAUGGCCUUCAACGUGGAGCGCGCGUGCCAGUCGUACUUCGGGUGCGUGCAGUGCAUCAGCGGCCCCCUGGGCAUGUACCGCAACGCGCUGCUGCAGCAGUUCCUCGAGGACUGGUACCACCAGACCUUCCUGGGCAGCAAGUGCAGCUUCGGCGACGACCGGCACCUCACCAACCGCGUGCUCAGCCUGGGCUACCGCACCAAGUACACGGCUCGCUCCAAGUGCCUGACGGAGACGCCCACGCGCUACCUGCGCUGGCUCAACCAGCAGACCCGCUGGAGCAAGUCCUACUUCCGCGAGUGGCUCUACAACGCGCUCUGGUUCCACAAGCACCACCUCUGGAUGACCUACGAGUCGGUGGUCACCGGCUUCUUCCCCUUCUUCCUCAUCGCCACCGUCAUCCAGCUCUUCUACCGCGGCCGCGUCUGGAACAUCCUCCUGUUCCUGCUGACGGUGCAGCUGGUGGGCGUCAUCAAGGCCACCUACGCCUGCUUCCUGCGCGGCAGCGCCGAGAUGAUCUUCAUGUCCCUCUAUGCCCUCCUCUACAUGUCCAGCCUGCUACCCGCCAAAAUCUUCGCCAUUGCCACCAUCAACAAGUCGGGCUGGGGCACCUCAGGGCGCCGCACCAUCGUGGUGAACUUCGUGGGGCUGCUGCCGGUGUCGGUGUGGGUGGCGGUGCUGCUGGGCGGGCUGGCCUACACCGCCUACAGCCAGGACCUCUUCAGCGAGACCGAGGUGGCCUUCCUCGUCUCGGGUGCCAUUCUAUACGCCUGCUACUGGGUGGCCCUGCUCACCCUCUACCUGGCCAUCGUGGCCCGCCGCUGCGGCAAGAGGCAGGAGCAGUGUGGGCUGGUCUUCACUGAGGUCUGACCGUGGGGUGGUCCCUGGUGCCACGGCCAUCCAAUGUGUCAGGGUAGCCACCACUGUCCCCUCUUGCCCAUCCCGGAACCACCAGGUGCUGGGGUGAUCCCACGUGCUGGAGUGAACACCCCCAGACCCCUUUUUCCCA